UCUCUUCCUCAAAUCUUUCUUUAACUUUCCAUCAAUGGCGUUUCUUCCCUACUCAAUCUAGGGCACGAAACCCCAUAGACUCCCAAUUUUGCCCAUAUAUCCUAUUCUAUUUAUCUCAGCCAAGCGCAUAAACUCCAAUGCUGAAGCUUCUCUGCUCGUCCUCCUCUUCAUGCCUCAACACCAAGCUCCACACCCUGCCUGCUCUCCGUUCCGGGCCUACAGAGUUUACGAGUCCGCUACUCAAGGCUCUGAGUUCGCUCCGGGGAUUGACUCUGAGAAGCCCUAAUUUGGGUCCGAGAGCCUUUUUCUGUUCGGAUUCUUCGGGUGAUGGGUCAGACCAGGUGGUCCACGUUGAGGGCAAGGUGACGGACUCCGACGCCGAUGAGGUCGAGUCCAAGUCCUCCUCCGCUAUCGUGCCCACGAAUCCGAGGCCCGAGGAUUACCUCACGGUUUUGGCCUUACCAUUGCCACAUAGACCGCUCUUUCCAGGAUUCUACAUGCCAAUUUCUGUUAAGGAUCGUAAGUUAUUAGCAGCUUUACAAGAAAGCCGAAAACGACAAGCCCCAUAUGCUGGUGCUUUCCUUCUUAAGGAUGAGCCAGGGACUGAUCCUAGCUUGGUAUCUGGUUCUGAAUCAGAGAAAAACAUAUCUGGUUUGAAGGGAAAAGAUUUAUUAGAUCGUCUUCAUGAAGUUGGUACACUUGCACAGAUUUCGAGUAUCCAAGGAGACCAAGUUAUCCUUAUUGGUCAUAGACGACUUCGAAUCACAGAAUUGGUUAAUGAGGAUCCACUUACUGUAAAAGUUGACCAUCUCAAGGAUAAACCAUAUAACAAGGAUGAUGAUGUCAUAAAAGCUACCUCAUUUGAGGUUAUAUCAACCCUAAGAGACGUUUUGAAGACUAGUUCCCUUUGGAGAGAUCAUGUUCAAACUUACACUCAGCAUAUAGGUGAUUUUAAUUUCCCAAGGUUAGCUGAUUUUGGAGCUGCUAUAUCUGGUGCGAACAAAUUGCAGUGCCAGCAAGUGCUUGAAGAGCUAGAUGUGUAUAAACGUUUAAAACUUACGCUUGAAUUGGUGAAGAAAGAAAUGGAAAUAAGCAAGAUUCAGGAAUCAAUUGCGAAAGCAAUUGAAGAAAAGAUAAGUGGUGAGCAGCGCCGCUACUUGUUGAAUGAACAGCUUAAGGCCAUAAAAAAGGAAUUGGGCUUGGAGACAGAUGACAAAACAGCACUUUCUGCAAAGUUUAGAGAAAGGCUUGAACCAAACAGGGAGAAAUGUCCUCCUCAUGUUUUGCAAGUUAUAGAAGAAGAGCUUACAAAGCUGCAGCUGUUAGAAGCCAGUUCAAGUGAAUUUAAUGUAACGCGUAACUAUCUGGAUUGGUUGACUGCUCUUCCAUGGGGAAAUUAUAGUGAUGAGAACUUUGAUGUCCUUCGGGCACAUAAAAUUCUUGAUGAAGAUCAUUAUGGAUUAGCUGAUGUGAAGGAAAGGAUAUUGGAAUUCAUAGCUGUUGGAAAACUCAGGGGAACCUCACAAGGAAAAAUAAUCUGUCUCUCUGGGCCGCCUGGGGUGGGAAAAACCAGCAUAGGUCGUUCAAUUGCCCGUGCGUUGAACCGUAAGUUCUUCCGGUUUUCUGUUGGAGGAUUAUCUGAUGUUGCUGAAAUCAAGGGGCAUCGUCGAACCUAUAUUGGUGCUAUGCCAGGAAAGAUGGUUCAGUGUCUAAAACAUGUAGGAACAGCUAACCCUCUUGUUCUGAUUGAUGAGAUUGACAAGUUGGGAAGGGGACAUUCUGGUGAUCCAGCAAGUGCAAUGUUGGAGCUUCUUGAUCCUGAGCAAAAUGCUAAUUUUCUAGACCACUAUCUUGAUGUUCCAAUUGACCUAUCCAAGGUUCUGUUUGUCUGCACAGCAAAUGUUGUGGAAAUGAUACCUAAUCCUCUCUUGGAUAGGAUGGAGGUCAUUGCUAUUGCUGGAUAUAUUACUGAUGAGAAAAUGCACAUUGCAAGAGACUAUUUGGAGAAGACUACACGUGAAGCGUGUGGAAUCAAACCUGAGCAGGUUGAAGUGACCGAUGCAGCUCUUCUUGCCCUGAUUGAAAAUUACUGCCGAGAAGCAGGAGUUCGGAAUCUGCAGAAGCACAUAGAAAAGAUUUACCGCAAGAUAGCUCUCAAACUUGUUAGACAAGGAGAGUCGAAUGAGCCAGCAAUUGCUGGAAUUCAGGUUGUGGAAUCCGAGGAAGCUCAAGUGGAACGGGCUGAGGGAUCGAGUGAAGUGGUUGGAAGCGAGACUAGAUCUGACCCUGUAGAGGAUAACAGCCAUGAACAAGCUACUAAAACCUUUGUAGAAGCUGGAACAGUGCCAAUGGAUGUCCUAGAUGAUCAAUCUCAGUACCCUGCUGAUCCACCUUCGGAUUCAAAGGAUGUGACAGAAACAAAGAAGAUGGAGGAACAUGAAGCAACUAUAACUAGUGAGAAAGUUUUGGUUGAUCCAUCAAAUCUGACUGAUUUUGUUGGGAAACCUGUUUUCCAUGCUGAGCGUAUCUAUGGUCGGACUCCAGUUGGAGUUGUGAUGGGUCUUGCUUGGACUGCCAUGGGAGGCUCCACUCUUUAUAUAGAGACCACUCAAGUUGAGCAAGGAGAGGGGAAAGGGGCCAUCCACAUGACUGGCCAACUUGGGGAUGUUAUGAAAGAAAGUGCCCAAAUUGCCCACACAGUUGCCAGAGCAAUAUUGCUUGAGAAAGAGCCAGAGAACCCCUUUUUUGCAAAUUCCAAGCUUCAUCUUCAUGUUCCUUCAGGGGCCACCCCCAAGGAUGGGCCUAGUGCUGGCUGCACCAUGAUCACAUCCUUCCUGUCUCUUGCAAUGAAGAAGCCUGUCAAGAAGGAUCUAGCAAUGACUGGCGAAGUUACUCUAAUGGGGAAGAUUCUUCCAAUUGGUGGGGUAAAAGAGAAAACUAUAGCAGCAAGAAGGAGUGAAGUAAGGACCAUCAUAUUCCCUUCAGCUAACAGAAGGGAUUUCGAUGAGCUUGCAGCGAAUGUGAAAGAAGGUCUUGAGGUUCACUUUGUCGAUGAUUACAGUCAGAUAUUCGAUUUGGCUCUUGGUUAUGACCAGGAUGCUGGAAUAUAAGCUGUUCACCCCCCAUUUCUUGAAAUGCAACUCCAUUUUUCUGGGAUGCCGAGCAAGUUUUUUUUUGUGACCCAAGCUAAGAGCCUACCCCAGAUUUGUACUAUAACUUUCUUAGUCCGAUUGUCUCAUCAGGAGAUAGAUUUAUUCCUUGUUUUGGUGUGACAUGAUGCACCAUUAUUUACUUAUUUUCCUUCAUGAUUACUCAGAAUCACCCAUUUGUAAGAAGUAAAUAGUAUCUGAGUUGUUAUUUGGUGGCGGCAGAAAAAGAAGUAGGUUAAUGACAGAUCGAUCUACUCAUUUUUCCUGGAUAGUUUAUCUUGUAAGCUUCAGGACUCGUUUCUUGGGGAAAUGGAUUAUGGGAUUAUAGCA